AUGGAAAAUUAUGACAAAAUGAUGUAUGGCAAACCUAAUGAUUAUGUUGCAUAUGAUCCAUCUAAGUUUAAAAAUGAUCCACAUGCUGAUUUCAAAAAACCAAUGAAUUUUGUCAAAAAUGAAAAUGCUCAAAAUGAAUCAGUAGAUAAGUCCGAUCAUAUAAAUGAAACAGUAACAAAUACAGAAGCCGAAACUGAAACAAAAACGGAACCAGUUAACAAACCCGCAGAGGAGAUAAAGGAAAGUUCACCAAAUUCUGAUUCUGUUGAAAAUACUAACUGUUCUAGUUUGUGUGCAGAGUCAGUAAGAACUGAAGAGAAGUCUAAAGAGGAUGAUGAAUCACAUCAAAGUGCUGCUGAUAAUGUUAUUUCUGAUAAAAAUGACCUUUAUGCUUGGAAUUGUGUUUUUUCUUGGUUUGCUGAGACUUGGGGUGUUCCCACUAAGACUGAUGAAUCUGGUGCUAUUAUUUUAGAUUAUGCAUGUGAUAAAAAUGACUAUGUUGAGAAUAAUGAAAAUGUUGAAAAUGAUGUGGCAGGAGAGCCUUAUGUGUCAUCUGAGGAAUUUGAGACAUCUGUUUCGAAUAACUCAGAAAACAAUUCUGAUGAUUCAGAAAACUGCACCUGUAUGCCUGAAACAUCGAAUGACACAUCAGAUGCUUCCUGCAGUAAUGAUGAAUUUGAUGUGAUUGAUUGUGAUAAUGAAGAAUUUAUUGUUGAGCAGGGAUCAUCUGACGGUCUUGGCAAUCAAUCAGAGGAUUCAAGAAUCUCAGAUAAUGAGCUAAAAUCUUCGAGCAUUUCCGACUGUGAUAAUCAAUCAGAAUCUAGCAGCAUUGCGAAAGAAGACAGUCAAACUGUCUUAGACAUAGACAACUCAUCAUCUGAGUUACCAGAAUCAUCUAAUGUCGAGAUCUCAGAAGCUGAUCUGAUUGAAAAGACAUCCAUAGAGUCCAAUUUUGCAGAAACCCAUGGAAACAUGAAAACUAUGGAGAAGGAAUCCAUAGAAAUCAAUUCCACAGUCGAAUCAGAUGAUGAAACUGUAGAAGAAAUUAUUGUGGAAAACUUCUCUGCAGAUUCUUCUGAGGACAUGGUCUCUAAAGAAAAGGAAGAUGUGAAAGUCACUUCCACAGAUAGUUCAUUUAUCGAUCCCAAAAGUGACCUUAACAAAACAGAGUCAACUGAAUUUGUUCCCCCUAAAAGAAAGCGGUCAUGUAGAAACAGAAGGCCAAAGAGAAAGAAUGCAAAAAGGGAAAACCCAAAUCUCAAGCAAACAGAACUCAAGCUCAAGGGUAAGGUCACAGAUACUUACUCUUUUGCUGACAGCUGUGAGCCGGGUUCAUCCAAGAACAAGCACCCUCAAAAGCACUCAGCGUCAAAUGAAUGGAAAAGACGUGAUUAG